UUAGCCAUGCCCCAACAACAACAACAACAACAACAUUUAGGCAUCAAUGCAUCAGUUUUCUGAAAUUCAUUUUUAUAUUGUGAAUGAAGGAAUUGAAUGAUAUUGUUGUUACUGCUUAAUAUUCAAAUAAGUGUUAAAGAAUGUUGUGUCAGCACCUAUGUUUCCGUCAUCUGAGGCAUGUAUUAAGAGUUGCAAUACGUCAGCAGAGUGGGACAGGGUUAAAACCUCAGGUUUGUGUGAUAGGCAGUGGGCCUGCAGGAUUCUACACAGCACAGCAAUUGCUGAAGGGAAAUCCUGAUGUGCAUGUUGACAUAUAUGAGAAACUUCCAGUGCCAUUUGGUUUGGUGAGGUACGGUGUGGCUCCGGACCAUCCAGAGGUCAAGAAUGUUAUAAAUACCUUCACUCAGACAGCUAACAAGGAACGCUGCUCAUUCAUUGGUAAUGUUACCAUUGGUAAAGAUAUAUCUAUAGCAGAACUUCAAAAAUACUAUACAGCCGUUGUUCUGUCAUAUGGGGCAGCAGAUGACAGAAGGCUUGGAAUACCAGGAGAGGAUGCACCAAAUGUGUUGUCAGCCAGAAAUUUUGUGGGAUGGUAUAAUGGUCUACCAGAAGAUAGCAAUUUAUCAGUUGACCUUGACACAGAUACAGCUUUAGUUCUAGGACAUGGCAAUGUGGCACUAGAUGUUGCGAGGAUUCUUCUCACUCCGAUUGACAUUCUUGCUAAAACAGAUAUAACAGAGUACAGUCUGGAGAGGUUAAGAAAAAGUCGUAUAAAGCGUGUAAUUCUUGCGGGUAGAAGAGGUCCACUACAAGUUGCAUUUACCAUAAAAGAACUCAGGGAAAUGAUAAAACUUCCUGGUACCAGGCCUGUACUGCAUAACAAUGAUUAUACAGGCUUGGAUGAUGUUGUUAAAGAUGUGCCUCGACCAAGAAAACGUCUCACAGAAUUGUUACACAAAACAGCUUUGAAUCCUUCAGCAUCGGAUCAUAAAUUUUGGGAAAGUGCUACAAAGGAAUGGGAGUUACGAUUUAGACUUAGCCCACUAGAAAUUCUUACCAACAGCUCAACAGUGUCAGGUGUCAGAUUUGGAGUUAACAGAUUAGAGGGGACAGAUUUAAUGACACAGCGGGCAGUAUUAUCAGAGGAGAGGGAAGAUAUAUCAUGCGGUCUAGUGUUACGUAGCAUAGGUUAUAGAAGUAGAAGUAGGCAGAUAGAUCCAGAAAUUCCUUUUGAUGAAACACAGGGUGUGAUAAAAAAUGAUCAGGGACGGGUAAAAGGAAAAACUGGUUUAUAUUGUAGUGGCUGGGCAGGGCGAGGACCUGUUGGUGUUAUAUUAGGUACAAUGACAGAUGGUUUUGAAGUAGGCAAACUGAUUCUUAAAGAUAUAGAGGAAAGUAAACUACACAUACAGGCUGGCAGAGAUGGUGCAUUUCAAUUACUGCAGGAUAGAG